UAUUCUUUUGUGCGAAUCGCGAGUGAUUCUAGUGACAUCCAUGAUAAUCUCCAUCAUAUUAUUUUUAUGCAGUUUCUCGUUAAAUCACACAUGAUUUUCUAUUGAUACUAGUGUUAAAUUACGUGGUAAAUAGUUUUAAGUAGUGCCUCAAAAUGAUGAGUGACGACGAUCGUGAUAUUGACAUAGAAAGUGAUGCUGAAAAUGACUCCGAUUCUCGUACUCAUAGGAAUAGCAGCGGUGGAAGUGGAUACUAUUCCCAGGCGGAAAAGCGAGCACACCACAACGCAUUGGAGCGGAAAAGAAGAGACCACAUUAAGGAUAGUUUUACGUCAUUAAGAGACUCUGUGCCUGCGUUGCAGGGUGAGAAAGUGGUAUGUAAGGCAAGCAGAGCGCAGAUUUUGAAAAAGGCCGCAGAAUACAUAAUGUUUAUGAGGCGGAAAAAUAACUCUCACCAGCAAGAUAUUGACGACUUGCGGAGACAAAAUAAUCUACUGGAAUCACAGAUUAGAGCUCUAGAAAAAGCGAGAGCAACGGGCAACUACAUGGAUGCACACGAGCUAGGCCUCGGGAUCAAGUCCGAAGGCAGCUCGCACGAUACAGACAGCUCGGACGGAGAAGGCACGACCCGACGCGUGAAGAAACUUAAGAUUAACGGUGUUAAUGUUUCAUAAAAUUGCAUCAUGGACA